GAUUUUUAACAAUUAUGUUUUGUUUUCAGCCUGAGCCAUCAUUCCUGGAUCAAGAAAGCAAUGUCUUCGAUUUUGUGUGUUGUUUACGUAACUCCGAAGCCGUGAACUGGUCUUUUAACAAUCUGAAACAUGGAGCUCGGCUUAUUUCCAGAUUAAGAACCUUUUGAGUACGUUUUUCCUCCCCCCACCCCUACUGGAUCUUAUGAAGAUCUGUGUGGUGGCUAGAACGUCAUGCCUAGUUCUAGUAAUCUUCCAGAAACCAAAGUGUGCUUUGUGGUGUUGCCCAAAUUACCAACCCUUAUGUCAGAGAAAAAUACAAUAACAACGUCUCAACGGUCAGAACAUCGUGAUAAUGAUGAACGCUUUACAGACUGUGAACUAAGUGAUUUCAAGGGGGAUUAUUUCGAAAUAGGACAGACUGAAAUGGAAUGCCCAAUGAAAACUUUAGAUCUAGAUUUUUCAACUUUAAAAAACGUCACAGAAGUUUCGAAAAUUCACUCGGCUCUGGAUCCAGGAUACGGAGACUUUCGUUCUUAUUUCCAUCAUACGCAGUGGAGCCCAGAUAUUAAAGAGAAUAAAGCAGCGAGCAAGAAACACAUGAUAGACAAAUCAAUAAAGAGUUUCCCAAAUCAGAGGAGACAAAAUGAACUCCAACAGAAAUGUCGAAAGUUGAACCAAAUGCGUUCGCAACAAUCAGAAGCUUAUUCAAACAAUCCAGAGAAAGGGUUCGUAGUUAUUUCCAAAGGAGGUACAACGAAACUGUUAAUUAAGUCUAAAAAAUGCGAGAACAAGCCAGUCCAGAGUAAAACAAUAUGUCGACGAAAGAGUGAUAACUCAAACUCAGUUGAUCCAAAGGAAGGUUCGGCUGUUGAAGGCGAAUCAUUGGUGUUUGUUUCGUCACCAGAAGAUAACAAACAGUCCAAAAUUUCUAGUCCAGAAAAAGAUGGAAAUACAAAAAAAUUGUUCGGCAGUGAUUCCAAGGAACCCAUUUUUAGCUUUUUGCAAUCGAACACUCCAACGCAUACGGGUUUUUUAAAUGCGUCAUACAAAUAUAACGUUCCAAAAGAAGCUAGACAAAAUACAGAUUUGAUAGCCAUGUCAAAAGAGGCAUGCGAUCAGGAUGGUCACUACCAGUUACAGAACGCAAAAGUUCUUCCGCAAAAUAGGAAAAAAAUAUCACCAUUAUCGGUUUAUACCACCAUCUUUGAUAAUGUUAUUUCCUCAGUAACAUGCAAACGUUUCAAGAGGAAAUCUAGUAAACGAAAAGUAGAUAAAGAUUGUAGUUUAUUGUUCAAAAAGUUUCGCACUGAUGUAGAAGGCCGAAACACGACAAACGAAACGAAGAAAUGCCAUCUAACGUCUCAAUCCGCGAAGAGCAACGAGGAGGAAGUGGUUAAAGAUAUGAUGAGUGAUAUAAUUUACAGAGUGGUUCUCCUUACAGAAGAGGACAUUAACUUCAGUAAUCCAUCUUCAAGAGAAAUGUAUCUUUUCACUGAAUUCUGCAAUAAUUAUGGGUUUGAUGAAACUGAAUUCUUAAAUGUUCACCAGAUUUUAAAUCCUCAAAUAUUGUCACCAGAGGGAGAUGACGCAGUUUCAGUUUCCACAGAAACUCUCUUUCAAAAGAAAAAACUCGUAAAAACAAGAAAAUUUGGAAAAUAUAGGAGAAAAAGAUUAACAAAGAGAGGGAUAACUGGUUCCCAAAUAAAGAAACAGCAUUCAAGAAAAUACAAAUCGUACAAAAAUGAUAACGUACCAAAUAUUGUAACUAGCGAUUUCAUAAAGAACAAUGCAGAUAGUAGCAAACUUCGUUGUUUAAAUACCACCGAAACAGUGUUCCAAGAUUAUUCGGGAAGUUCAACACUUCCAGUACACGUGAACAAUACUAACCUGAAAUCGGAGUGUCGUGGGUCGUUAAAGUCUUCAGAACGUCAAGAACCAGAAGGCUGUAGGUUUUCUUUAGAAAAGCAGCUCCACCGAAACGUCACUUUUUCUCAUACUGAUACGUCUAAAGAGCCGAGUACUACUUCGGAGAGUUCGGAUAAACGGAACCCGAAUGAAGCUAAUUUUCAAAGAGGUUUUACUGCAACUUCGGACAACUGUUAUACAACUGUAAUCCCAAAUUUACGAAAUGCAGAAACUUCAUGCCAAAAUGAUCCGAAUUGUGCGCCACCGAAUACGUUAGAAAUGAUCGCUUCUCGAGGGAUAUCGUUCAGACUUAACAAUCGCCAGAGUGAGAUGAAACUUUACCGAGAUAUUUUACCACGUGACAAAACGGCAAUCAAUACUGGUUGCAUCGAGGAGGAAGUAAGAGCCGGUCACGCCGUUGACGUAUCUCUGAAUAGAGUAGGCACAGUUGAGGUUAAUUUUAAGAAUAACACAGAAAUAAACACCGCAAAACACCCAACAGUGGGAAGCGAAUCUUCACACGACGCUUCCAUACCAGAAGGAAUAUUCGGGAAUAAAAACGUGCAACAACUCUCACUGGAGUCUCAAGUUUAUGAAGAAAAACAAAAAACGUCGUUAGAAAACAGUAAAAGUGAGAAGAUUGCCAGCUAUCGGCAUGCGGCAAGUCACGCUACCAAGUACGAAGGUCUAAAAGAAAAAAAACUUGACAGCCACGUAACGGUAAAAAAGAGAGCGAGAAGAAAUAAUCUCACUGACAGUGAGCCAUCUUCGAAUGAAACCAAAGAUCAACCGGAAGACAACAUUCCACUAGGGCAACAUUUGUUUAACACUGAAUCUCCUCGCAACGUUCGUCUACGGUCAAUGGAUGAUCAAGAAAUAGUCUUGUCUGAUAGCAACAGUGAGGAUGGCACACCUUAUAUGACACGGACCACAAAUAACUCUAGUUUUUCUCCCGGCAGUCCUAGCGCGUCGAAGUCUAUGCCAGAAUUGGAAGAAAUAAGCAGCUUACGGAAAUAUUCUAAAUAUAUUUUUACAAAGAGUGGACGUGAAAUAGCCAAAGUGACGCACACAGGGGUCAGUCACCCCGAGGAAAGUUGUGAGGAAAUUCCUCACGUGAGGAUAAAAUCUCCCAUAGACUUAACUAAAUCGGUGACAUCAAAGGGCUCCAGAGAGGAAACAGUGCUUAAGACUAAUUCUGAUAUACAUAGAAAAAAUAGCCAGUUUGGAUGUGAAGAGAGAACAACUCAAUCAAGACAUAGUGCAGGAAAAACCUGGACAACUAAUAACAAAGAGUCCAGAGACUUAGUGGUGCAUGAUUCUAAAAAUUCCAAAUGGUCUCCUCAUCCAAAAGAUAUCUUGAGAGAAUCGGUCCUUUUAAAACUCCUAAACAAUAGGAAAUUGGUGGCGCCACCUAGUGAACAGAAUAUUGUAAAUAAUAACUCUGCAUCAACUAAACCAAAUGUUUUCAAAAAGAACGCUACAUCUGUGCAUGUUUCACGUCCAAAUAAAACAAAAACUUUGCCUGUUAACGAAUUCGAAAAAUAUUCUUCCAGUGAUAAUUAUCACUGUUUAGAAAAUGACUCUUUCGGCCUUUUAGAUCGAAGAACGAUUUUUGAGGAGGAAAAUUUUUCAAAGGAAAAACACUUCGAAAACAUUUUAGAAAAGCAACAAAUUGAAUUUACACCAAUAGAAGAUAAGGUGGAAAGGUUGAAAAGAGAAAUUUUCUACUUGGAUUUGAUGGCAGAUCAAAAGGAAAAAGAAAAGGCAUUGAUUCAACAAUUCAAGAAACAGAAGGAAGAAAAGUUAAAACGUAUGUAUCAUAAGCAAGCUUUAAUUGCUCACUUAACUAAAAAAAAGAUGCAAAAAUAUAAGAAAGGAGAAACUUUACCUGCAGCUCUAGAAAAACAAGAAAAAGGGGAAAGUGUUAAAAAACCUUCGUGUACAGAAGAUACUCCAGUUCACCCUGUUUCUGGUUCAAUUGAACUCAUUGACCAACCCAAAUCGGUUUCGUGUCGCCAGAUGAACCAAAGUCUUGACAGAAAUCUUGUACAAAAUGACUCUCUGUCUAACGAUUCGAAAACAUUAUCUCAAAGAGAUCAGGCAGGUAAUAUUCAACAACAAAACCAAAUGUUGACAGAUAAAGGAUCUGUGGUUGAUUUACCAAAUACUUCUUUUACUUACGCAACAAGUGGAGCCAUAAUUGUCCCAGGCAAUCAGGUUCCAAAAACUCAGUUUUUUAAUCCACCUCACAGAGUCGAAAUAAUUAAUAGCUCUACAAACGCAGUACCUCUAGGCCAUAAUGGUGAACGAAUACAAUCCUUAGGUCAAACCACGUAUGCCUUUUUCAACAAAAUGGCAGAAGGUUACAACAGUUCUUCCAGACAAACCUUGGUCCAAAGAAGGUUUAGGAAAAUACGUCCGAAGGUACUACCUACAGCAGAAACGACAUCUUCACAGAAGACUACAAGUGAUGAAACUUCGACCCCGUCAAUACUAGGAAGUCAAUCCGUAGUCUUACAAAGGAAUUCUACUAGUAUUCCACAAACAGUGUCCUUCUCAGAAAGUAUUACUAAAAGUGGUUCACAGCGAGUACCACAUUUUCAGGAGAGUCCCAGUGAUGUUCCAUAUCAAGUACAACUCCCCCAGGGGAACUUUUCUAAUGUUACACCGUCACUCUCAGAAAGUAUUUGUACUGGUGAUCCACAGAAAGUACCACUGCUUCAAAGGAAUUCUAUUAGCAUUCCACAAACAGUGUCCUUCUCGGAAAGUAUUACUAAAAGUGGUUCACAGCGAGUACCACAUAUUCAGGAGAGUCCCAGUAAUGUUCCAUAUCAAGUACAACUCCCCCAGGGGAACUUUUCUAAUGUUACACAGUCACUCUCAGAAAGUAUUUGUACUGGUGAUCCACAGAAAGUACCACUGCUUCAAAGGAAUUCUAUUAGCAUUCCACAAGUACUAUUUCCUCAGGGGAAUUUCACAAAUACAUCUUAUCAAGUUCCAUUGCUUCAAAGAGACUUUACUUGUGCUACAAAAGGGCUCCCCUCAUCAGACAUUAACGCUAUUAGUGUUCAGCAGCAAAUUCCACUAUCUCAGGGGAAUUACAUUGGUGUUCUACAGAGGCUCCCCUCAUCAGAGAAUAACGAUACUAAUGUUCAACACCAAAUUACACUAUCUCGUGGGAUCUCCACUGAUGCUCCACAAAGACUCCCCUCUUCAGAGAUUAACGAUACUAGUGUUCAGCAGAAAGUUCCACUAUCUCGGGAGACCUGCACUGGUGUUCCACAGAAGCAUCCCUCGUCAGAGAUUAACGAUACUAGUGUUCAACAGCAAAUUACACUAUCUCAGGGGAUCUGCACUGAUGCUCCAAAAAAGAUUACCUCAUCAGAGACAAGCACUAUUGGUGUUCAGCAGAAAGUUCCACUAUCUCAGGGGACCUGCACUGGUGUUCCACAGAGGCACCCCUCGUCAGAGAUUAACGAUACUAGUGUUCAACAGGAAAUUACACUAUCUCAGGGGAUCUCCAUUGAUGCUCCACAAAGACUCCCCUCUUCAGAAAUUAAUGAUACUAGUGUUCAGCAGAAAGUUCCACUAUCUCAGGAGACCUGCACUGGUGUUCCACAGAAGCACUCCUCGUCAGAGGUUAACGAUAUCAAUAUCCAACAGCAAGUUUCACUAUCUCAGGGGAUCUGCACUGAUGCUCCAAAAAAGAUUAUCUCAUCAGAGACGAGCACUAUUGGUGUUCAGCAGCAAGUUCCACUAUCUCAGGGGACCUGCACUGGUGUCCCACAGAGGCACCCCUCGUCAGAGAUUAACGAUAUUAAUGUCAAACAGCAAGUUCCACUAUCUCAGGGGAUCUGCACUAGUGACCUGCAACAAGCACCCCUCGUUAAGGAAAAACCAACCAUUUCUUCACAUCAGGAUUUAUUGGUUCAAGGGAGUUUCUCAAAUUCUAGUAACCAACCAAUUGGAGAACAAAACAAUAACAUAACCACGAGCAGCGAAUUUCUCAAUAUGCCCAUCGAACUUCAGUGCUGGAAGCUACUCGUAGCAUGUGUUCAAGCCAUGACAAAUCAAAAUUCCUUCCUCAGUCACGUCAUGGCCAGUCAGAAUCCUCUUCUAACUCAAAAUCUGGCCAAUAUAUACCCCAACCUUAUCCAGAUCAUUCCUAAUCAAAACACUUUUCUUCGCGAAACUCUGUUUGAGAAGAGUUCUACUUUAGCUCAGGAUGGAACAAGUUUCCCCCAGAAAACGAAUGAGAACUCGACAACGAAGCGACCAACUACGGAAGUGGACAAUUCUACAGCAUGUGGACAGACAACAUUUGUCUCUCCUGCUUCUACAGCAUCUGGACAGACAACAUUUGUCUCUCCUGCUUCUACAGCAUGUGGACAGACAACAUUUGUCUCUCCUGCUUCUACAGUAUCUGGACAGACAACAUUUGUCUCUCCUGCUUCUACAGUGUCUGGUCGGUCGAAACUUGUAUCUCCUGCUUCUACAGCAUCUGGACAGACAAUAGAUGUUUCUCCUGCUUCUACAGCAUCUGGACAGACAAUAGAUGUUUCUCCUUCUUCUACAGCAUCUGGACAGACAACAGUUGUCUCUCCUGCUUCUACAGCAUCUGGACAGACAAUAGAUGUUUCUCCUGCUUCUACAGCAUCUGGACAGACAAUAGAUGUCUCUCCUGCUUCUACAGCAUCUGGACAGACAAUAGAUGUCUCUCCUGCUUCUACAGCAUCUGGACAGACAAUAGAUGUCUCUCCUGCUUCUACAGCAUCUGGACAGACAACAGUUGUCUCUCCUGCUUCUACAGUGUCUGGUCAAUCAAAACUUGUUUCUGCUGUUUGUACAGUGUCUGGUGUUUCCACCACCACCAACAGCGACGCUUUAUUGAGCUCAUCUGUGUGUGGUACAUGCGGUUCCAAAGACCCAUGUUACAUAUGUUCGGGGUGUCAAAAGGAAUGGUACUGUAGUAUGUUAUGUCAGUUUCAGAAUUGGGCUCAACACUAUAAAACAUGUCGGAAAAGCUGAAGAGGAUGUUGAAUUUGAAGAUCAUCGAGGGGUGGACGAAAACCAAGAGAUGUGCUUUUAAAGUCUUGCUAUUUAACUUCAAUAAUAAAUAUGAUCUGUUUUAUUGAAAUUUAAGUAUGUAUAUAAUGAACGAA